GGAAGCGAGCUCUUGUUUGUGGGAGGCUGAUUGGAGGACUUGUUUUUUCAUAAGCGGCUUCUCUGCAAAGCUGCAGCAGCUACGGCCAUGCCGUCUGAGGGUCGCUGCUGGGAGACCUUGCAGGCGCUGCGCAGUUCCGACAAAGGUCGCCUCUGCUACCACCGUGACUGGCUACUUCGGGGCGAGGAUGUUUUGGAAGAAUAUACGUCUAUUCCCAAACUAUCUUCUUAUGCUGGAUGGGUGGUAGAUCAUGUCCUACCCCAUACACAAGAGAAUCUGUCUUCUGAGACCUCGGCAUCUUCCACGUCUACUUCAGGCCUAGACCAGCUGGCAUUUGCUCCCAAAUCUCCCGUCAGAAGCCUUGCCUUCUCACCAACCUCCUCGGGAACGCCAGCAACACCAAAUGGAAGCAAGGGCAAAGAUGAGUCCCAGCAUACAGAGGAGCCUAUGGCACUGCAGUCCUCCAGGGGCACCAAGGUGGAAGGCUGCAUCCGAAUGUAUGAGCAGGUGCACAGGAUGAAAGGAAUGGAGGGCCUGAGGCAGUGGCAGGAGGAGCAGGAGAGGAAGGUGCGCGCCCUCUCUGAGAUGGCGUCUGAGCAACUGAAGCGGUUUGAUGAACGGAAGGAGCUGAAGCACCAUAAAGAAUUCCAGGACUUGCGGGAGAUGAUGGAGAAGAGCUCCAGAGAAGCCCUGGGGCAGCAAGAGAAGCUAAAAGCUGAGCAUCGUCACAGGGCGAAGAUUCUCAACCUGAAGCUGCGGGAGGCAGAGCAGCAGCGCCUGAAGCAGGUGGAGCAGGAGCGGCUCCGGAGGGAGGAAGGCCAGGGCCGCCUGCGGGGCCUGUAUGCGCUGCAGGAGGAGCUGCUGCACCUCAACCAGCAGCUGGACGCUGCGGACCAGCGCGGUGACCCGCUGAAGGUGGACCUGUCGGCCUUCCGGACCCGCGGCAACCAGCUGUGCGGCCUCGUCUCUGGCAUGAUUCGGGCCACUUCCGAGGACAGCUUUCCCACAGCAGAGGACCAAGCGGUGGCCGAGAGAGCGCUGCAAGAAAUGCGGGACCUCUGUGCGGACGUCCGGGCCUGUGAAGACAAGAGGAAGCAGGAGGAAAAGGAGGCCCAGCGGAAGCAGCAAGAGUCACAGGUGCAGCAGGGACCAGAGGUCCACAAAGAGUCCCCUGCUCCCAGCCAGGGCCCAGGGGUGAAGCAGAAUGAAGACCUCCAGGUGAAGGUGCAGGACAGCACGGUGCAGUGGUACCAGCGGCUGCAGGAGGCCUCCCGUCAGUGCGUGCAGGCCUUCGAGGGGCUGGCCAGCAGCAAGGACAGCCAGGUCAAAAAGGUCAGGAUGGACCUCCAGAAGGCUGCCACCAUCCCAGUGAGCCAGAUCUCCACGAUUUCAGGCUCGAAGCUGAAGGAGAUCUUCGAUAGGAUCCACAGCCUGCUCUCUGGGAAGCACGUUCAGUGUGGUGGGCGUUCUGUGUCCGUCACCAUGAACCCUCAGGGCCUGGACUUUGUCCAGUACAAACUGGCAGAGAAAUUUGUGAAACAAGGAGAGGAGGAAGUGGCCUCUCACCAUGAAGCCGCGUUCCCCAUCGCGGUUGUGGCAUCCGGGAUCUGGGAGCUCCACCCGAGAGUGGGGGACCUCAUUCUUGCUCAUCUGCACAAGAAUUGCCCGUACUCAGUCCCUUUCUAUCCCGCUUUCAAGGAGGGAAUGGCUUUGGAAGACUAUCAGAGGAUGCUCGGCUACCAGGUGAAGGAUUCCAAGGUGGAGCAGCAGGACAACUUCCUGAAGCGCAUGUCCGGGAUGAUCCGUCUCUAUGCUGCCAUCAUCCAGCUCCGGUGGCCGUACGGACCCCGACAGCAGGUUCACCCUCAUGGCUUAAACCACGGCUGGCGCUGGUUGGCACAGAUACUAAACAUGGAGCCCCUGUCAGAUGUGACAGCCACCCUCCUCUUUGACUUCUUGGAGGUGUGUGGGAAUGCCCUCAUGAAGCAGUAUCAGGCCCAGUUCUGGAAGAUGAUGCUUCUCAUCAAGGAGGACUACUUCCCCAGGAUUGAAGCCAUCACAAGCUCGGGACAGAUGGGGUCCUUCAUACGCCUCAAGCAGUUCUUGGAGAAAUGUUUGCAGUGCAAGGAGAUUCCUGUCCCCAAGGGCUUUCUGACUGCCUUCUUCUGGCGUUCCUGAUGCCACUACGUCACCCGCUGUCACCUUUUCAUUGCAGAGGGGCAAUAAAGCAACUAAACAUAGCUAUAUUUGGGAGAGUCAUGUCAGAUUUAGACAUCUAUCAAUAUGUAUUUUUAUACAUUUAUACCUUAGGACUAGAAAAGGAGAUUUUCACGGGUCAAAAAACCAAGGAGGUCCGAUGACUCCUUAAAGGAUCCACAUGACAGAAUACAUGGAUUUGGCCUGUCUCACUUUUGCAAAAAUGAGAAGAGGUGUUUAGCCUUGGAUACCAUCUUUUAUUUCCUUUGCCUCUGGUAUCUGUCAGAAGUAAGGUAAUACCUUAGUGUUUUACUGUGAGCUGAAGUGAGCCCACCACUUUAAAGUGUCAUUUAGCAGUUGCAUGAAUCCUUACAUGCAAGCUUGGGUUAUGGUUGCUUCGCCUUUCUCAGCUUGUGAAGUAAGUAGGAAUUCAGAGGAGAUGCCUGAUGUAGAGAGACAUGCACUUAGUCCUCAGUGGCAUCAGGGAUAGCUUAGUGUCUGGGAUUAGGAUUUACCACGUCUCCCAGUGAACCAGGAAGCCCUGUUUGCCCUCCGAAUUGGAGUUCAGUGCCUGGAUGGCGAGCGAUACAAGCAGCAGGGCAGAUGCCUUCUGUUUGUUUUUCAGUUUGAAUUAAGAUGGGCUGCGGUGGGGCUGGCCACAGUACACGCGAGCUGUGCAUCCACAAGCAAUGAGUUAGGCGUUUCCUAAAGAUGUUCAGAAGGAAUUGAGAACUGCUACAUAAAUGUUUUUUGACUUGUUCUGACUAAUAACUGAUGACAGAUUUGUCUGACUAAACCCAUUACAAGAAUCCAGAGCUUGGCUUCUCAGACAAAGUCGAGAUUUGUUUAUGGAAAGAUACACUGCCUUUUGUGCCACGGAGUCUGUUCCUCCUAACUGCCGCGUGUGGGGAGGUGGGUAUUUUCAGGGAGAGCGGGGAUUCUCUGGUUCUGUUGAAGUGACCCUUUCUAUGAAUUAUUUACUGUGGUGCCAAAAAAUAAGCAAUAAAGCUUGAAUUUUAAAACUCUAUUGCUGGUAUCCAGUUGGGUCAAUAUAGUCAAUUUCCUGUGCCUUGAGCUCUGUCAGUCACUGGGGGCAUGGUAGUGCCCAAGUCUAUCGAUUUUUUUCCUUUUUUGUCUUUUGUACCUUCGCCUUAGGAAAAUUGCUGAGUUUUGUUUUUUUUAAUCAUCCCUUUUCGGAAUUAGGCACCAGUCACCGGUCUUGUUUUAUCUAGCACAGACGGGAAAAUACUAAAGUCUUGCAACGUGGACACAAUGGAAUGAACACGGAGACCCCGGCUCGGUUCGCUUUUAGGUUUUGUGGCUUGGGUAGGUGGUUCACCCUGUCCUCAGGAGCCUCAGGAGCCGCGCCUGCAAAACACAAGAGCUGGACGAGUCAGUAGAUCGGCAGGCUUCAGGCCCUGCUCCGCAGCCGAGUCUCAGCAGAGCCUCCCAGCUUGUGUGUCACCAUGCGCGCUGCUGUGCCCUGCCCGCCUGCAGGCCCCAGGGCCGGUUGCCAUUUGACUGUCCCCCCCUCAUCUGUGCUUUACAAAUGGCAUCGUCAUCUCUGUACCAUCACGGGGGAUGCGCUGACAGUGGGGCUCAACGCUGGAGUCAGUCAUCGCACGGAGGCUUUAUGCGUAUUUUCAUAAGGCGCCCCUUUCUUCGAGAUACCUCUGCUGGGAACUUGUCCUAUUCCUAACGGAAGAUGUGGGAUACUAGCGGUGAACGGGGCCAGCUACCAGCAUGCAGCUCACGACUCGCACCGCUUCGUGGGGCCCGAAUGGAGCCCUGGGGUCCUCUCUGCCGCAGCACUUCUGCUUCCCGUGCUCUGUGUGUUGGGGUUCCGUGUAAGGUGAUGCACGAAGAAGUUCCUCUGCCAGAAACGAAAUGGGAAAAGUCCCUGGACAAGACAGAUCCUCAAGGUCUCUCCUACUUUUAAUUUAUGUCACUACCGCUUCUCCCAACGUUUGAAUGUUCUGUCUCUAGACCCGUUGAACAAGUCAUGCACAUGCCAUUCAAUGCCUGGUACUCCGAAUGGGUUCCUGAUUAUCAGCCAAGAAGAGGGUGUUGGGGAGGCCGGGUUUUUGAUACCCACCGGUGUCACCUUCGGAGAUAGUGACUGCUAGCUGAUAGAUGCAACUCCCGCUGGGUAGCAGCGUCAGAUUCCUUAGGGUAGAGCACGGAGGACUGCAGCCUGCUUUUAAAUUCAAGUGCUCGCCUGCUGGCUUCCUUUCGGGCUUGACCUCAUUUCUCUGGCAGAGUGCCCAUAUUUUUUGUCAUAUCAUUGUCCUACAUCAUUUUUAAGCAAAUUUGACGAUGAAUUGAAAAUUCCCAUAGAGAAAUCCUGCAUGUCCCUUGAAGAGUGGAGUUCCGGGGAUUUCCGCGCAGGCCCUGGGAGCCUCCCCACGCCUCUCAAGCUUCCUGUGAUGAGAGCAGUAACAUAACUAGGUUGGGGUGUCUGCUCUCAGUGCCACGACAACCAAAAGAGCCCCAGAGCUUUACACAGAUGCCUCAUCAGGCCUGGGAAUCCAUGCCCUUUUGUCUCUUCCACCUGACGAAUUCCUGAAAUUGAUUUUCUGUGGACACGCACAAAGCAGAGAGCUGUGGUCUCCCAGCUGUGUGAUGAUGCAUUUACAGAAACUCCCGUUUUAAAGGGGUUUGUCCUCUGCAGCCAGGCUUUGUUGUGUUUUUUUAAAUGUUACUUUAUACGGAUGACAUAUUCAAGAGAAACAUUUCUUUCAGUGCCUUCUGGAUGAUUACGCUAAGCGUGUUAUGUGACCCUGGAUCAGAAAAGUGUCUUUUUGUGUGUUUGUGUUAUAAAGGACCUUGGGACAAUGGCAAAACUUGAAUAAGGUCUGUAUGUUAGAGAACACAGGGCCUGGCAGAAGGCCUGGUCGAGUGGCGUUGGUAAGGUAAUAAUAUGGGUGUAAUAAUUUAGUUUUAAUUUGAACAUUUCACCUAAACUCAUAUGGCGUGCUUGAGUGUGAUAUUGUUAUGUUACAGAAUUGCAUGCUUAUGAUUUUGUAAUAAAGAAUUUUGUAAUAAAAAGGGGUUGUUAUUUGUGCUGGACCCUGUAGUGUUGUGUCAGUAUUAAUUCCAGCUU